AUGAGUGUUGACGCUAGUAGAAAUGAAUAUCAAGCGACGGCUGCGAAAUAUGCAUUGCAGAUUCAGCAAGUUUACGAAAGCUCCAAUCAAGAUAUCGACGAGUCCAAGCUACUUGGAGAGUUGCUGAAAUUUAUCGACAGAAUUCCUGAAGAAGAACAUCUAUUCUGUGAUGCGAACUACAGAUCAGUUGCGGUAUUUUGUUUGACUCUUUUUUCGUUCAGCAAUCAGGGCACAAUUGCUUGGCUCAAGGGCCGUUUUGCCCCAGUUUUAGCGAAAUGCGAAGAUUGCGUUCGUCAUUUUACGCAAGGGAAAUGCAGGAUGCUUCAACACUUCUCGGUGCUGCGAAAAGUACCAUUUGAGCACGUCACCAAGUUCAACAACAUUGUUUCCCUUUGGAGAUCUCAAGCAUUGUUAACUGUGAUUCAGGGCAUCUCCGCCAACAAUAACACAGAAAUAAACUUUACCAAGGACAUCGAAGUGGCCAUAUACGAGUGUUUUUGUAAUCCACAAGUUUUGAGGGUAAAUGAUACUCUUAAAAGCGCGUUCGAUGCCGUUUUUAGGUUCUUAUACAGGUCCCAGCAUCAUAUGCUCAAACAAGUGAUUGAGGAACCUAUUGAAAAGCACAUUACCGCAGGACUGAUAUACUGUUGGUUUGAGGGUACCAAGGAAGAGUCAGAGUGGUCUCGCAACCUUCUCGAGAACUUGGCGAAGCAGAAAUUUAUUUUCACAGAGGAAAACUUUACGCAAGAUCUUCUUGAAGAAAUCAACGUGCACUUCCUAUAUUUGCAAAAUGCUAGCAAUUUUCAUGAGGCGCUUGUCUCCCACUUUUGGCUCAAAUUUGAUCCCAUUUAUGUUCUACUGAGCUCGUCUUUGAUUCAAAAAUACCUUGUUGUUCCUCCAAAUCUAGACUCUUUGGUUCAGUCCAUUCGACAUCCGAUUGUAUCAGUCUACAAACUGUGGUAUAACCACUUGGCGCACAACUUCCGAGAAAAGCCGAUCGCGGCUCUUCUAAGAACACUUAGAGUAUUUUUAGAGAAAGAAGGACAUUCAUUAUGGAAUCUUAUCGAACCUUUUACUUUUCACAGCAUCCUCGAUUUAAUUUUGGAGAGAAGUAUGCUCUCUGUCGCUAUCAUCAAAAUCCAGAACAAUCCCCUUGCAUCUCAGAACUUUGACGGUCUUCUUCUCGAAACACUCACCCUGACUGAUUUGGUUUCGUGGACCUUGCCAUUUUUUCAUUCCUUGUCUUCUCCGAAAAGAAUUCAAAUGGUGAAGAAAGUUUCAACAGCUUUCAUUCGCAUUGUCUCCAAUCAUCCAACUUUGCAUGCUAUUCCAAAAGCAUGCUUGAUCAAUUCAUCUACAGCAUUGUUAAGUGCGGUUUUGGCGGUAACAGACGAGGAGAGAUCGAUGCUUUACUCAGAUGAGCGUUUUGAGACUACACUUUUCACCAAGCUCGACUCUCGCGCUCUGCUGAAUAACGACAUGGUCCUUACCAUAGUGUUGCAAUCUGCUACUAACGUACAGGCUUUUUUGGGUGCGGAUCAGCCAAUGAACUCAGUAUCAUACUCAGCCACAAAAGUUUUGGCUCAUUGCAUUGACUAUGACAUAUUAUUACUAUGCCAAGCAUCUUUUCGCAUAUAUCGUGGAGAAAAGGCUAACGAUGUUAAAGUUAGCACAACACUUCUCUCAAAAAUAGUCCAACACCUCAAUUUGGGUAGAAGCAAAGAGCCCGCACAGCUGGCAGCAUUGUUACUUUCCUCCAUGCGGAACGUUAAUGGUCUUUUAAGACCAAAAACAUCAGAUCCCGGUGCUACGCAACAUAAUGCUUGCGUCAGGCUCUACUUUGAUUUGCUGAAGGGCCUUCUGGUGAAAUUAACAGAUAUUUCACCUUCGCAACUGAUCAAUGUUCUUAUCGACGAGGGCGGCUCCCGUGGUUUCUGGUCCUGUGUCUUCACCUCUGACAUGGAGAUCUAUCAGACAGCGACGAACACACUCUAUGAGGCUUUUGAUGUUGAGGGAAGAUUGGAGGGGAUUCAAGAAAUGCUCAAACGCGGUCUCAGCUACAGCCUGGAGUCGAUUAUACUAGUUCUGGCACAGCUAACAAAGCAUGAAUUUUUUGAACCCUGCCCCAGAGCUAUACGAGUAUUAAUGGAUAUUAUCAAUGUUUUCUCAGAUCCACUCAAUGGAACAUUUGCUAACUAUGGGUCCUUGAAAGAUGAAAACACAGGAAAAAUCUUGGAGAAGUUCUGGUCUUUAUCAUGGGAUUUCUUGAAUAUGAUUUACUGCGCAACAUUGAAGUGGGCGUCGAAAUAUCCUUAUUCAGAACUUGAAAAUUUCACGAAGGACACCCUCGAUACCAGUUUUUCUUUACUAGAAGCAUAUCGAGACUUUUCAGGAGCUCUCAUAACGAAUAAUGAUCAAAAGCAGUCGGAAAGUCUUCUAAACCACGUUCUGAAAACGUUUCAAGAUAUGUUAUACUGGUUACGUCUCAGUGAUGAAUACCUCUUGGCCUCUUGUGUCAAACUCAUUGUGAAGGCCGCAGAUCUAGCUAUCGAAAAGGGACUAAAGUUUGAUGAUGUUCUGGUUACGACAAUGACAAAAUAUGCACUAAAAGCCCGCAAGUUUUCAAAUAGGUUAACACCACAGCAAUCUUCAGAGCUACUUUCAAGAGCUAAAGAGUUCAACGAGCGCCUAGUCGAUGAAGUCACGGCAGAGAUUGACCUAUAUCAUAAAGAAAAGGAAAAAUCAAAACUGCGUACCGGCUCUGGCACUACGGGAAACGUCCCCGUACCAGUUGGAAACAAAGCCCAAACUGCAUAUCAAACACCUACAGAAUCAAAAGUAGACUUUCUACAAAGAAAGGCUAUGUCGUCGUCUUUGAUGGGAAGACCCAAAAGCCAGGCCAAAAUAACCUCUUUUGGUACUCUCAAGCCAGGGGUAGUCCCAAAGGCCGAAGAGAACGUGAAAGGGCCACCUUCUAAGCUUGAACUAGCUAGGAGACAACUUUUGGCUGGUCGAAAAGUCCAUCCCCCUAGCUCAAGUGUUUUCAAUUCCAGAAGGCCUCAGCCACAACAUGGUACAAAAGAAGAGAGUAGCGACGAAAGCGAUAACGAUCUGGAAAAUGCAAAGGAGCUUUUCUCGUUGUCCAAGAGUAAGGAACGCCACACCCCGAUCGUUUUAGAUAUAAACGGGAAACCGAUCAAAAAAGUGGACAAUGCUAAGCAGAAGAAACAAGAAGAAGAAAACAUGCGUAAGCGACUGAAUGUUGACUUGAAUCCAUUUUACGAAAAAAUUUUGAAAUGGAACUAUACGCGCUCCAGCGAGUACCCGUCUGGAUCGCAAGCGGAUUCCUACCAAGAUGUCAAGGACAAAUUCAGUUCUUCAGAAGAUUACCAAAAAACCAUGCAACCGCUUCUACUUCUUGAAUGCUGGCAAGGGCUUUGUGCGGCGAGAGACCGCGAAGAGAAUAAGCCUUUCAGUUUAAUUGUCGGAAAUCGCACUGCCGUUUCGAACUUUUAUGAAGUCUAUGCUUCGGUCAGUAAAAAGAUGGUCAUAGAUGCUGGCAUAACUGACUCGGAUUUGUUGGUUCUAUCCCACUUUCCUAACGCGAGGAACUUGAACGACGUCAGAUCUGCCGAUUUUAAGAAAUCUGACAACACUUGUCUUGCCAAAGUAUGGGGCAUGAAAAAUAACAAGGGCGACAACAUGGAUUUGACAAUGAGAAUCGACCGAAGCACUCACUUCAGCAGAUUUCUCACGUUGCGUACCGAAAUAUUUGCCGUUAAGGUUAUGCAAAUGACUACUGUUGAGAGAGAGUACUCUUCUUUGAUCGGGCUACCAUUUUACGACCUGGCUCGACAGAUCACGUCUGGUGUUUCGACAGAAAACCCUCGCAUAGAAAAGGCAGAAAUUGAGGAAGUUAAAACCAGGUACAGUCUGAACGAUUCACAAGCGGAAGCUAUAGUUGGGACUGUCUCUUGUGAAGGAUUCUCUUUGAUCCAAGGUCCUCCGGGCACAGGUAAAACCAAAACCAUCUUGGGUAUCAUCGGAUUCUUUUUAAGUACCCAAAGGAAUCUGCCCGCAGGUGUUAUCAAGCAGCCCGUGGACCUUGUCGGAGCCGGUACUUCGACCGAACAGCUUCUGCAAAAACAGAAGGUCUUGAUAUGUGCUCCAAGUAAUGCAGCUGUGGAUGAACUCGUUUUGAGACUGAAAAGCGGUGUUCUAGAUAAAAGUGGAAGGGCAUUCAGUCCAAAGCUGGUCCGCAUUGGAAGGCCCGACGCCGUUAAUGCUGCAAUAAGAGACCUGACUUUAGAAGAGCAAGUUGACAAAAAACUUGGAAACAAAAAUUAUGAAUUCUCUCAUGACCCUACUUUGGAGCAGAACCUGCAGAAGACACUCAGCGAACGCCGGCAGCUGCGUCAGAAGUUAGAUCCGGAAGGCGGAUCAGUAUCGAGUGAUUUAUCAACAGACGAUAUAACUAAAAUUCAGUUGAGUAUCAGGGAGCUUAGCAGAAAGAUCAAUGAGCUCGGCAAGCAAAAGGAUGAAAUAAGAGAACGAAACUCAGUAAAUUUCAGGAAUAAGGAGGCAGACAGAAGAAAAGCGCAGUCUCGAGUUUUGGCCGAAAGUGACAUAAUUUGCUCAACUUUAUCUGGUUCCGCGCACGAUAUCUUGGCCUCCCUCGGCGUCAAGUUCGACACAGUUAUAAUUGACGAAGCUUGCCAAUGUACCGAACUAUCCACGAUUACGCCCCUGCGGUAUGGAGCACGAAGAUGUAUCAUGGUCGGUGAUCCCAAUCAGUUGCCACCCACCGUGUUGUCCGGCGCAGCAAGCAACUUCAAGUACAAUCAGUCUCUCUUUGUUCGUAUGGAGAAAAAAUGCUCUCCUUAUUUGUUAAAUGUUCAAUACCGAAUGCAUCCAGCCAUUAGCAAGUUUCCAUCUUCGGAGUUCUAUAACGGGAAACUAAGCGAUGGUCCAGGGAUGGAGAAUAUAAACCUACGUCCAUGGCAUCAGCGACGUUCAUUAGGACCAUACAAAUUUUUCGAUAUCGCGACAGGUAAACAAGAACAAAAUAGGAAGUCAAUGUCCUUCGUGAACCCUGAGGAGUGCAGAGUCGCUGUGGAGCUUGUGGAGAACCUAUUGAAUCAGUAUGAGAAUUCUUACAAUUUCACGGGCAAGAUCGGCAUAAUUUCACCUUAUCGCGAACAGAUGCUUAUGCUUAAAAGAGAGUUCAGACGAUAUUUCGGGAACCCUGUCAUGAACUAUGUUGAUUUCAAUACUAUCGACGGGUUUCAAGGGCAAGAAAAAGAGGUCAUCAUUAUUUCAUGCGUCAGAGCUGACGAUACGAAGUCUGGUGUUGGUUUUUUGAAAGAUUUUCGACGCAUGAAUGUUGCCUUAACAAGAGCAAAGACUACAAUGUGGAUUUUAGGACAUCAUAACUCACUUUUCAAAAACCAACUGUGGAGGAACUUGAUUACUGAUGCGAAAGAUAGGAACUGCUUGGAGCUAGCAUGCGCAGGUUUCCUGAAUCCCAAGAAUCCGAAAGCCGCUUCAGUUCUCAAACAAUUUGCGGAUUCUCAUGAUCACAUAUCUGGAGACGACUACGAUCCGUCAACAGCUAUGGUUAAGAACAGCAGCGCGGAACGCAGAUACAGUCAUGGGGCUGAAGAAACUAGGCCAGCUCAUGUAAAUUCUCGCCAGCAACCAAAUACAAAAGCUUUGCCCUAUGCUGGCAAAAACAAAAAGGUAUGGAAAGAACAUGGUUCUAAUCCAGCCCAACCGGAACAAAACAGAAAAGCGCCUCUUGGUCCAAAGGAAAAACCCUCUCACGGUCUCUCUGGAACCAAAAAAAAGUCUUCCAUUUUCGGUGGACCAUCUCUUGAUUCUGUACUUCCCGUCAAGGUGAGCAGCACAUCGUUGAUUCAUGAUAAAAAUAAAGCUAAGCCGCCAAAAGUCAAACCAGAGGGAACCACAACUCAAUCAGGUUCAUUUGGCAAAGGUUCAAAACGUGUACGUUUUGAUGAUUCCCCGGUUGUGAUUGACGAGAAAAAGAUGAGAUUGAAUGAGUCUAAACAACCAAUUGCUGGCAACGGACCAGACAUUUUUUCAAGUGAAGGAGUUCCGACAACAAAGGUCAAAAAAGGUCAAAACAUAAAAGCCGAAAAGCCUUUGUCGACGUCUUCCAAUGACAACGAACAGGACGGCUACGAUCCCUCGGUUUCACCAUCCCUUGACUUGAACCGCAGCAUGGGCUCUGUUGGUCCCAAUCAAGAACGAGACGAGACUAAUAAAGAUCGGGGAUCAGCGCGGACAAAUAGUGGCAGUAAUCCAUUCAUUCCGAAACGUAAGAAACAUUUCCCAUUAAGAAGAUAG